AGAAGACAUUUUUGUAAUAAAACCUCUUGCCCCUUAAUUUCAUAGGUGCUCUGUGAGGGUGAAGCUGAGCUGAAAGGCCACCACAGCUGUCUUCACCAGGGUAAUACUUCAGCUUUCUGGCAUUAAGGACCUAGGAAAUAAUCCCACAGCUAUCUGGAAGAUGAAGCCCUGGCUGCAGUUGGUAUUCUUUAUCUGUAUUUUCUUGAUCUGGCACACAGAAGCAGAGUUCUUCACCUCCAUAGGUCAAAUGACAGACCUGAUUUAUGCAGAGAAAGACCUGGUGCAGUCUUUAAAGGAAUAUAUCCGAGCAGAAGAGAACAAGCUCUCUCAGAUUAAAAGCUGGGCUGAAAAAAUGGAUGUACUGACUAGCAAAUCAACCUCUGAUCCAGAAGGGUAUUUGGCACAUCCUGUAAAUGCAUAUAAACUGGUGAAGCGUUUAAAUACUGACUGGCUGGAAUUGGAAAACCUGGUUCUUCAGGACACAACAAAUGGCUUUAUUGCAAAUCUUACAAUUCAGCGUCAGUUUUUUCCAACUGAAGAAGAUGAGACUGGAGCUGCGAAGGCUCUGAUGCGCCUGCAGGACACAUACAAACUGGAUCCUGAAACUCUCUCUCGAGGAAACUUACCAGGAACAAAAUAUAGAUCCACUUUGACAGUAGGUGACUGCUUUGGUAUGGGCAAGACUGCUUACAAUGAUGGAGACUACUAUCACACAGUACUCUGGAUGGAACAAGCCUUAAAACAACACGAUGAGGGGGAGGAUACAACAGUCAGCAAAGUGGAGAUCCUAGAUUAUCUCAGCUAUGCUGUUUUCCAGUUUGGGGAUUUACACAGAGCCAUGGAGCUUACCAGACGUCUGAUAUCCCUUGACAGUACUCAUGAGAGAGCAGGCAGUAAUCUGCGGUACUUUGAGAAGUUGCUGGAGAAGGAGAGAGGAGAGAAGGAGAAAGAGAAGUCAAUAAACAAGACCAUGACAACGACAGAACCAGCGGUGCAAAGUGGUGCCUAUGAGAGGCCUCUUGACUACUUGCCGGAACGUGAUAUCUAUGAGGCCCUUUGCAGAGGUGAAGGGGUAAAAAUGACACCUCGAAGACAGAAAAGGAUGUUUUGUAGAUACCAUGAUGGAAACAGAAACCCUCAUCUGCUCAUAGCUCCCUUUAAGGAAGAAGAUGAAUGGGAUAGCCCUCAUAUUGUACGAUACUAUGAUGUCAUGUCUGAUGAAGAAAUUGAGAAAAUUAAACAACUGGCUAAGCCAAGGCUGGCACGAGCCACAGUACGUGAUCCCAAAACCGGUGUCCUUACAGUGGCUAGCUACAGGGUAUCAAAAAGCUCAUGGUUGGAGGAAGAUGAUGAUCCUGUUGUGGCCAAGGUGAACCAACGAAUGCAGCAGAUCACAGGGUUAACAGUAAAAACAGCCGAACUAUUGCAGGUUGCCAACUAUGGAAUGGGAGGGCAAUAUGAGCCACACUUCGAUUUUUCUAGGAAAGAUGAGCCAGAUGCUUUCAAGCGGUUAGGGACUGGAAAUCGUGUGGCCACUUUUUUAAACUAUAUGAGUGAUGUAGAAGCUGGAGGAGCUACAGUUUUCCCAGAUUUUGGGGCAGCAAUAUGGCCCAAGAAGGGAACAGCAGUGUUUUGGUACAAUCUUUUCAGAAGUGGUGAGGGUGAUUAUAGAACAAGGCAUGCAGCUUGCCCAGUACUAGUAGGGUGUAAAUGGGUUUCAAACAAAUGGUUUCACGAAAGAGGAAAUGAAUUCUUAAGACCUUGUGGGAGAACAGAGGUUGACUGAAACCCAACCUGCUGCAGGCCAUUGUUUCUCUGUCUCCUUUUCUACUGUUGUUUGUUCCAGUUCAUUUCUAAGAAAUGAUCCAUCUUUUUCUCCAAGAGUCCUGGCACUUUACCAAAAAAGGACAACAAAUUAUGUAACACCUGUGAAAGAAAGUAAAUGGCGUUAUACACACACUUGUGUUUUGGUUGCUGUUAUUUCCAUGUUUCCCCCUGCCCCUGCCAUCCUCCUUUGACCUGCCUUCCGCCCUCCCAACUUUCUCUGUACUAGUGGUGCAAACAGUGCUGUGGGUGAUUCAGUAUGUUUGGGUGACUGGUCUUGUGCCUUUUGUACCUCGGAAGAUUUAGAUGAUAAAUAUUUCUUUGAACCAAAGGGUUUUUUUAAAGUUUUGUGUACAUGUUGAUUUUAUUGUAUUUCUAUGGAUCACAAGUUUUGAAACAAAAAUAAAUGUUCUUGCCA